AUGUGGGAGAGCUGUCAAUGUACUCCGUAUGUGGAAGACAUUAACUCAUGAUGGGCCUGCCAAGUUAAUUGGCCAUGGGUUCUACGACUAGAUACUAGAUGGGACAGGAGGGGUAUAGGCCAUAGAUCGAUCGAGGUAGAGGGGUUAUGUGGUCUACAGAGUACAGAGAACAACCGAUGCAUCUGGGAUGUCUGUUCCCGGCAUCAUACAUGGUCGAUAGUACUACAUUAGCCGGGGACUACCUCAGGAGGGCGAGCGACCCCGUCCUCAGCAGCAACACCCGCCUUACCCCGAGGGAAUGCGGAAGAUUUCGCUGGGGAGCGUCUCAGCAGAGGCAGCUUCAGCCAGCGAGAGCAGCGACAGUUGCUGGCUGCCCCACCAUUCCCUUGGAAAGAUUCGGAGGACGAGACCGUGAGCUUUCCGGGGACACACCGUGGGCUAGCUUACAAGAACCAGCUCUCCCUUGUUGUUUAUUUACUGCUUGUUACUAUUCCUCUUCUCCUUCUGAACAUACUUGCUUAGUACCUCAUCCACAGCAGGACCUUGUCAGCGCCUCUCCGAUUGAUCCACUCGAUCAUCAUUGGAAACGGCUGUGCCGAGUCUGGUUCAUUAAUUGAUCGGACCUCUCCACCUCCCACCCCUCUCCGUCCCCCAUCAGCCAUCCGCUCAUUCUUUUUGGGUCCUCGGUGAACA